UGCUCCCUCUGCAUCUAAUCUUCAAAGAGCAGUGUAGUGAUAGCAAUGUUUCACCCAGCAGUGGUUGCAUCAUGUCCCUGUCCCAAUCCUUAUCCUUGGCGCCAUCACUUCCCCGGCGCAAGCGCAGGUUCAGUGACGGUGACGGUGACGGUGACCCCAAUGCGAAUUGUGAGAGAGAAGGCGGUGGUUGGUUCCAGAAUAAGGUGCAUGGCCAAUCCUAGAAGAGUCCAAAUGGUGGCCAAGCAAAUAAGGAGAGAGCUCUCUGAUAUGCUCCUCACCGACAAAGUGUUGCAGUAUGCUGUUCUUCCCGAAACUUCCUUAGGAGCCGACCGUUACCUAUCUUCCCUCACCACCAUCACUGAUGUCCAAGUCUCCGGUGAUCUCCAGGUGGUUAAGGUUUUUGUCUCUGUUUUUGGGGAUGAAAGAGGGAGAGAAGUAGCCAUUGCCGGCUUGAAGUCAAAGGCUAAAUAUGUUCGCAGUGAAUUGGGGAAGCGUAUGAAGUUGCGCUUAACUCCUGAGAUACGCUUUAUUGAGGAUGAUUCUUUUGAGAAAGGAAGCAGGGUGAUUGCAAUAUUAGAUAAAAUAAAGAAUGAGAAGAGUUCAGGGAGUCAAAACAAGGAGCGGUUGGAUUCAUCAACAAAUGAGGAUGAUGAUGAUUGGGAUGGGGAAGAUCCUGAAGAAGGUGUCAUUUAUGUGGAAUAGAUGCCCCCAAUGCAUCAGUACAGUCACUGUGCCUUGUUUGGUGUGGACUGAUCUUUCGAUCUUGAUAGUGCUCGGAAACACUUAACAAAAAAGCUUGGUGGAAACAUGCUGUUCUAGUGUUCUCAAAUGCAACAUCAUCUGAAUACAAAGACCUUGCAUUUUCAACACCGAAGUGAUGUAGACCAAAUUUUGGUUUUUGGGUUUUCUCCCUAUAUAUCACUUAACCCAGGAUGUCAGUAUACAAGAGGAUUUGCUGUGUAAAUUCCUCUUUCUUGCUUUACUUAUUCCUGCAAGUGGAAUUUAUAAUGUUUGCUAUUGCUAUCCAAAUUUUGGUGUCUUCAACUAAUUACACUCAACUUCAUCCAUGUACAUGUGAUUUUGGUUUCUGUCUUUUUACAUGGACUUGGUUAAAUUUUGUGGGUUAUUGGAUCUCAGUACAGUGCUCCUCUUGGUCCAGUUAGACUAGGUUGUCCUCUUGCUUGUUCCCAAAUGAAGAAUGUUAAGGUUGAAA